GCACGUAAACUCCCGAGAGAAUCUCAAUGAGAAACAGUUCUCAUUGAGGUUUCAAUUAAGUUGGGUGUGCCUUUGCGUGUCAACAUUAUUCACACAUACAUAGAAGAUAUUGAACCGACAAAAAGAAGCAAACUCGGUUAUUUCAUAAAUCUUUUGUUUGAUUUAUUCGAUAAGACGCACAGAAUGUGUUAAUAUCUUUUGGUGAGUGUACAAACGAGUCAACGACAACAACAGCAACAACGAAAAAUUUUGAAUGAGUGCAAUAGCGAUAAAACUGAAUCGAUCAAAUGUUACUUCAUUCGAUUCAAUUCCAGCUAUAUCAUUAGUUACGCUGAUUGUGUGAGAUUCUGAAAAGGGAGAGAAACAAAUUGUCGUUACAUUUUAACGCUUCGCCACAACGCGGCAAUGUUUUCAACGGCUCAGAACAACAACAAAAAAACUUUCCGAGUAACGAACGAUUGCUGUUGAAACAAUCAUCGGGAUUGUUGUGAGUUUGUAAUUAAAAUGAGACAUAUUCAUUGGACGUAGUCGGCUGCAGUCAGUGCUAAUACUUUUUUGUUUCCACGUUGAAUUUUAAACAUUUCAUAAUUCAACAUCUUUUCAUUGAUUCUCUGUCUCUUUUGCGCGGAAUUUCACGGUGCUCAUUGUGCCGUCGGCGCUCUCUCAUUUACUCGCACAUUCUCGGUCGCCCCAAUUUUUUUUUUCGUACGUACGUUCGUUCGUUUCCAGUGUGUGUUCCAGUCGAAUAAAAAAACAUCAGCGUUGGCUUUACGCUCAAUAGCUUUUAAUGAAAUGAACGAAACAGAGAGAAUAUAUAUUCAAGUUUGUUGUUGUUGUUGUGUGUGCCACCGCCGUUGCUUGCCAUGUAUAAACACGCGAAAUGACUAUAAUAACGUUGGUUCGAUUGUUUGUUGUAAAUGAUGAAUACACACAGCGAAGAGAAGCAGAAAAGUCACUUUGCGGUUGGUGUGCUAGCAUUCGUGUUCAGGUAACGCAAGUGGAUACCUGUUUUAUUUCUUCGUCUGUUCAUCGCUACAGCUUCGUCUCGUCAGUGUGCCGCAUUCUGUGUUUUUUCGGCAUGAAUAACUUUUAAUAUUAUUAUUUAAACUAGCCUAUAGGCUAUGUAUACAUUCAUGGCGUAAGCGUGUGUGAGUGUUCGUUUUUUUUUCUCCACCGUCAGACUCAAUCAACAACAAAAUUUCCAACGACAGCGAAAUUGAUUUUUUUUUUUGCGAAAUAGCAAAACAUUGUGAAUUAUCCAUCGAAGACAGCAACAACAACAGAAAAAAAACGACAUUUACUUGGAAAUUAGCAAUAGGUUCGAGCACACGCAAAACAUUUGUGAUAAAUAAAUCUGUAUUUGUGCUUUGUGUAUCGUUUUGAAUUGUGUUAAUCGGCCAAUAUUUGUGGCAUAUAUAUUUAUUAUUAUCGAUCUGUGGAAUGUUUCCAGCUAGAUGUAGUGAUUCAUCUAACGUAAAUCAAGAGCAAGAAAAAGUGAUUGAAGUGAAAAUACGGUUUAAUCAGCAGCAUUAAAGUUAAACAGUUUUAUAAUAAGUGUGUGUGUGUGUUGGAAAAAAGCAUAAUCAUUAAAAAGUGGCAAGUAAUCAAUAAAAUGAGUGGCAAAGACGAAACGGAUUUAGUGCAAAACAAAGAGUUAUCGAUGGAAAAUGCGACGACGGCACAAUCGAUGAAAAGCAUCAAUCACGAUCCAAGCAAUGGUGAUACAGCACCAGUGAAUGGCGAUAGUUUGACGAAUCCAGAGGAGACGAGUAAACAAUCGGCCGUUGAAUCAUCAACACCGAAACCAAGUACACCUAGCAAUUGGGUGCAAUUCGAGAACGAAGAUGACAGCAGUGAUAAGCAUGAAUCUCCGAACAAAUACAAGCAAAGUCCAGCACAGGCAGCAUCGUCGACGAGUGCAUCGCAACCGCCGCCGGUUUUAACCACCGAAAGUGUUCAUAUAAAUAUCAAAAAUCUACCGUCAUCACAAGUAGCACAGAAGCCAUUAGCCACGUCUAGUCCAGCGGUAAUUGAAAUCGAAACGAAGAAUAAUCUCAAUAAAUCGGUGACCACGUCAUUUUCAACGCCGACACCAACGCCAAAUGAGCAAGGCCUGCGAACAAUUGAAUUGUCAUCGGGUCGGGUACGUGAGGGAUUUGCCAACGGUGAUGUUAUUGUUACAUUGCUUCCAAUCAACACAAGAUGGCCAUGGAUCACGCCAGCUUUAUUUCGCCCAGAAUUAGUUCCCGAAGAGCUUAUGGCACAAGGAUUGACGCUUACCGUCGAGGAGUAUGUUCAUGCCAUGGAGACAUUGGUCAAUGAUUUCCGAUUCACUCUAUACAAUGUAUGCUACAAGCGCGUUCUGUUGUGUUGGGUUUUGUUUGCUUUCUUGGUGUUGCUUGGCUUGCUGUUCUCCGGAUUGAAAGGGAUUCCACUGUUCAGUUUGGGUGUUGGUUGGUUGUUCUUGAAUGCGGCAGCAAUUUUCAUGUGCAUGUGGUUGAAACUAAGGUUGGCCCGUGGUUUGGAAAGAUGCCUUGCAUCAGUGAACAAGCAGCUGAUCAAACACAAAAUCAUUUUGGCGCUGGACGAUCGCGGUCGAAUAUCAUGCCAUAAAGUGAAUUUAUGCUUCAUGUACUAUGAUCCCGAGCAAUGCGUCAAUUAUUUGAACGAUUUCAUUGAACGAUGCGAACAGAAUGGGAACACAAUUGAAGCAGGAUGGGAAUCACGCCUUGAUGUUGACGUUAAUGAUAUUAUCAUCCAAGGCAGUAACACGACUCGAGUCUCGAAACGAAAGGCGGUGGGUGAAUUACUCUAUCUUCGGUAUCUGGGACGGUGGGGUAAAGAUUACCUAAGAAGAAGAUUGGAUUGGAUUUUCGAGGAGAAUGGAAUGCAUGAGAUGCCACGCCAUUUGCAAUCAUCACUAUGCCCAUGCCAAUACGCCGAAGAAAUGAUAUUGAAUAAACCGCGGAAAGAUGAACGUGCCUGUUGCCCGAAAUGCAACGACUGGUUAAACUCGCACGGCAUUUCGUUAUGUUAAAACAGAACAGAGAAACACAAACAUAUCAGCACAAUGUUUUUAUUUACCUAAAAGACGCCGAGUUUAGAUCCAAAGAAAAAUGUUACUUUUUGCAAAAUUGAUCCAUACAUUGAAAAUGAAUCGAAAAUUGAACCAUUCCUUGAACUUGAAAUGACAGCCAUUCGAAAAUCGAAUGAAAAAUGCUAUCGGCUUUUACAUUGAGCUUCCGAAAAAAUAACCCAAACAACCAACCUUCAAACUAAUCAACUGUAUUUUACAACUAACACAUACACACCGACUAACACCGUGAAUGUUGAAUGUCAUUAAUGCUCUCGUUCAUUUUUUGUUGCUAUGUGUUCGUUUAUUUUUUCUUUCUCUCGUUAGUUUCUCGUAAUUGACGUUGGUAUUUGGCUUGACUUUUACUUUGUACUUAAUUUUUGGUUUCCUUUUUUAUGAUUUUGUUUAUGUUAUCGUUUUUGUUUCGAUUUGCUUUGUCUCUUUUAUUUCUCGGUUCCGUUUUGUCGUGGCAGGAACGUGCUCUCCUGCUAUUUCUCCGAUACGCCAGUCGCUGGGGUAACCAAACCAUGCGCGGUUUUAUUAAAACGGGUGUUACAGAACCGGCGCGACAUUGUGCACCAUACAUUUGCCCAUGCCAAUUUAUCGAAGAGCAUUUGAAAUGCAAACCACAAGGCAAGUUGAAAUAUUUAAAAAUCAGUUAUUGGUGUUCGGCUUCCGAGUAUUACGACUGAACACCUGAUUGUUUUUCCCUCGCCGCAUUUGUAUCGGCUAAUUUUUUCGAUUGACAUGUGACGACACAGUGACUAACCGGGUUAUUUAACUUACUCUAAACAAAGACCGUUUACUAAUUAUUUUGGCAAAAAAAUCUCCAUUUUUAGAACAUAAAACAGACUUUUUUAAAAUUACAAACUAUUUAGUACUGAUAUUGAGCCUAAUUUUACGCAAUUGAAUGCGUAUGCAGAAGAGAAAAAUUCUAAUUUGAUGUGAAUAACCAAUUAACACCAAUUUUAUCAUCUUGAAAUUUGUUUUUAGGUCUUUGUAAAUAUGGUUUCGAAAGCAAUUUUUAUUCAAAAUUUCCUCCGCUUUUGGCUAACAAAGUGAACGAAUUUCUUUGGCUCAAUUUCGAAAUGUAAAUCAAAUUGAAAAGAAAGAAAACAAACGAAAAAAUGAUUAAAUUGUCAAUAACAAUGAACAUUGAGCAAAAUUUGUAAACUAUUGAACAAAAUACCGAAGAAAAUGUAUCAAACUGAACAAACCAGUUUGAAAAAAAUGAUCAAAAUUUAAAAUGGUCCCGAAAUAAUUGAACAAAAUUUAGAAAGGUGUCAAAUUGAGAACAAACGAGCAGGAAUCGAAAAGUUCAGUUGAAGAAAAUAAAAAAAUGUUCAGGUUGAUAGGUACUUAUUAUUAAACCAUUGGUUCGAAAAAUUCCAAUAUUUUCCACUAUAUAUUUACCCAAAGCAAUUUAAAUAAUGUAAUUAACGCGAUUGAAUCGCAUGUUAACAUUUCUCGCGCGAAUUUCCAACUUUAAAAUAUUCAAAUGUUUUUGUAAUGGAAAAUGAUUUUCUCAAAAAUCAUUUUGUCUCUUGUCAAUAAUUAAAGUGUACUUAUGAAAUUUAUGAAGAAAAACAAAUCUGUAUGAGUUCUGAACUACCGUCCAAAAUAUCUAUAUUUCGAAAGAAAAAUUCUCAUGAGUUUAUGUGUAGAUCAAACAAUGUUGUCUCUUUGGACUAAGCGAACAAAAUACAUAUAUGUAUAGAACUUGAAUAUUGAAAAGAGAAAAAGUAGAAUUUGAAUGGGGAGAAAAGAAAAAAAAAUGGUUGUAGCAAACUAAGUACUUAACUCUUUAUCGUUAUUGGUCGAUGUAGAAAACCUCCACACUCUUUUGAGCAAGGAAUAUACACUGAAUGACAAAAAGUAUAAAUAGUUGAUAUUUUUCGAGUGUUUACAUUGAGAAUAUAAAAAUUGUUGUAAAUAAAAGUGAUUGAAAUCAA